GAGAGAGAGUGAGAGAGUGUGUCUCCCACUCGAGGAGAAUGCGUCUGUGUCAACACUUAUCUGUUGGGAUGACGGGAAGUGCCAAUUCCACGACCAAUGCCGAUGGUUUUGCGUCUUCAUGCAAAGUUUCUCACGCCAGCUGUUCUCUCUCUCUCUCUCUCUCUCUCUCUCUCUCAAAUUGAGAUUGACAUUCUUGUUGGUGCUACGAAUUCUGUGAAUCCUUGCUUUUUCACUACUUUAAUUUUCAUUUAUUAUAUAUAUAUAUAUAUAUGCUAUGCGCUUCUACCUUCCACUCCACAUGCCGGCUACUAGCAGUAUCGCUUUUCAACAGCUGUUGCUCGAAAACCCUUCUUCAAAACCCUCUUCCUCGAUCUCAUCCAAGAACUCGGAAGGAAUCCCCAAAAAUCAAUAGAUUUAAACAUGUAAAGGAAGACCUAAUUCAUUGAUUUGUUGCAUCCCGUGGUUGGGACUAUUCCCCUGUCACGGAUCGGAUUAUGUGAUUUAAAUUUCGUUUUUAUCGGGAAUUUGUCUUGAUUUUUGUGGUGUAUUUUAGAAAUUUUGAUGAUGUGAUUGGAGUCUCUGUUUCCGGUGAAUUGCGGUGCGUAGAGGCUGUUUUCUCUGUCCUUCGAGCUAAUUGUCGGCCAUGGAAAGUCAAAGCGAUGCAGAAACAACUCCAUUUUUGAGUUUGGCUGCUGCUCUCUCAUAUGGGUUUGCCUCAAUGGCCAUGGUUUUUAUCAAUAAGGCAGUGCUUAUGCAGUAUGCGCACUCAAUGACUCUUCUCACUCUGCAGCAAUUGGCAACAACUUUGCUCAUACACUUUGGUCGAGUGAUGGGAUACACCAAAGCAAAAGGAGUGAACAUGGAAACUGCAAAGAAACUUUUUCCAGUCUCACUAUUCUACAAUGCAAAUGUGGCAUUUGCUUUAGCAAGCCUGAAAGGAGUUAAUAUACCAAUGUAUAUUGCACUAAAAAGACUUACACCACUUGCUGUAUUAAUAGCUGGAUUUUUUUCAGGAAAGGGGAGACCUACAACACAGGUAAGUCUUUCAGUAACACUGACUGCUGCUGGGGUUAUCAUAGCGGCACUUGGAGAUUUUUCUUUUGACCUUUUUGGAUAUAGCAUGGCUCUUACUUCUGUAUUUUUUCAGACCAUGUAUCUUGUUUUGGUGGAGAAAUCUGGUGCCGAGGAUGGGCUUUCAUCAAUUGAGAUCAUGUUCUAUAACAGCUUUCUUUCUCUUCCAUUUCUGCUAGUUCUCAUUGUAAUUACAGGAGAGUUUCCAAAUUCUUUAUCUCUAUUAUUUGCAAAGAGUAGUUACUUCUCAUUUUUGGCUAUGCUGCUUCUUUCACUGGUGAUGGGCAUUGUUCUCAACUUCACCAUGUUCCUGUGCACCAUAGUCAACUCUGCCCUAACGACCACCAUUGUUGGGGUGCUCAAAGGGGUUGGGUCAACGACCCUAGGUUUCAUCCUACUAGGUGGGGUGGAAAUACAUGCUUUGAAUGUGAGUGGAUUGGUUAUCAACACAGCUGGUGGGUUGUGGUAUUCAUAUGCCAAAUAUCAGCAAAAGAAGAGCAAGCUUCCAAAGUUCGUGGCCGAUGUGGAGGCUCAUCGUAAAUGAAUUUUCCAAUAGAUCCCAGCUUCACAAUUCUCUUUUCCAAAAGCAGAACCCCGUAUUUCUUCUAAAGAAUCUCCAUAACAGGCUGCUUUUGAAUUUCAAUCCUUCUUGACUAUUUUUUUUUUCCUCAAAAUAUAUAUAUAUAUAUAUACAACUAUACAAGACACUGCCAUUCUUUCUCUUGGUUUACAGAAAAUGAAAGCUUCCCAGCACAAUUGGGCAAGCACUCUGUGCACUUAAAAA